GGGAGGAAAAGAAAAUAGUCAUUGGCUUAUGUGACUAGUAGUACGUGUCCUUAAUGUAGAACAAGUACUGGCGCGUCAAGACUCGUCAGUGCCAAGAAAAUAGUCGACUAGCUAGUAGUAUAUGUGCCUAUGGUAAAUAAAAUCAACGAAAGAAUGACCAUGAACUUGGUGUGGGAGUCGAAUAUAGAACAUAGGAAUGAUAGUUGCACUAGCGCGUCAGUAGCCGCGUCAACUCCCACCAAAAAACGACGAACCAAAGCUGAUGUCACGGAUCUUGAUGUCUGGGACAAAAUGGGAGAAUGCUCGUGCCACUCGUCCACGACUCGCACAAAUGGCACUUGAUUUUUUGUCUGCUUCAGGUAUUUUCCUCGCUUGUUGAUUGAUGAAAUCUGACGGAGACCAAUUAGCUUCCUCGGUUGACGCUGAGCGGGCUUUUUCAGGUGGCCGUCUUCAGGUCAACCACCUCCAGCAUGGUGUUAGUUCGCAAACCUUCAAAGCUCAGAUGGCUGUAGGAUCAUGGUACAACACACCUCUCAUGAACGAUCUCGGUGCUGUCACAUCAAUCAUGCGAACGAAGAUGGUAAAGGGCAAAGGCAAGGCCUCAGGAAAGGGAAAGAGCAACGAUAUUGUUAUUGACUCGGACUAAGCUUCGUACAUAGUGUUUUCGCUCCUCAGCACAUGUACAUACCAGUAUCGCAAAAUAUGUCUACUCACCCGCGGGUGACCCGUACCACCUGCGGGUUGGGUCGCGGGUUGACCCGUACCCGCGAUGCUCUUUGGUACCCGCGGGUUGGGUGCGGGUAUGACCCGGGUCGACCCGUGUCACGCCCUAGUCAAGACUCAGGUGUGCCGGCGUCAAUGCCGUGUCACAUGCGCGUCACACCCGCGUCAUAUGCGCGUCACACCGCGUCACAUGCGCGUCACGGCCGCGGCAGGCGCGGCA